AUGCCGGUCCUUUUCCCAGGCGCCCCGGUGGGCAUAUCGACAGGCGGAAUUCAACCCCCGAGUGUCUCAGGGCCUUCGAUGAAAACUCGCACUCGCAACAUGAUGAAUAUUCAAUUGCCGAAUGAUAUCGGGGUUAUGCCGGGUACUUUUAUCCGCCCGCCGUGGAAGGACCUGCCGUCGGUCUUCGAAAACCCGAAGGAUCGGUGGCUCAUGGAAUGGACCUGGCUGAAGACUCGUGUUCAGAAUUUCAUGAGCUUGUGGGUCUAUUGCAAGAAGGAUAACAAAUUCCCACUUCUGUUGAGAGAAAGACGCAGAAUCGCAGGUGAUCUGCAGAAACAGAUGUACUCGGCGUUCGCCCGGGGCGACGUCGCUGUUCUCCGUAAGAUCUGCUGCGAUGGCCUCUUCAACACCUUGGACACACAGGUUGGAGCUCGCCCGAAAGGUGAGAAAAUGACCUGGUCCUUCAUCAAACACCUCCGCACACCGAGCACCUGGUUCUCCGGUCUGCACGUCCUCUCGGAUCGCGCGACGGCCAUUCCCGACUUGCCGGAAUCUGGCGUACGCCAGAUCGUCGUACGCGUGGCCAGUCGCCAAUCCACCAGCAAGAAGCGCUCCCCUCAGCCCCCGGCACGUGGAUCUCCAGCGGCAGUCGAACCAGUAGCGCCCAAGCAACAGGACUGCGAGGAGUAUUUCAUGAUCCAGCAGAUUCGCUGGAAUGGCAAAGACUCCGGGUGGCAGGUCUGGGGCCAUAUCAAGCCGACUGAUUUGGAUACAGUCAAGAGCGACCCUCACUUUGCGCCGGGCUUGAGUGCUUUAGAGCGCCUCGAAGCCCUGCAGAACCAGGGGCCCUCGGGCCGGAAAUAA